AUGACUGUGUUCAGAGGCAUCAGGACUUCUAAACUCUCAAAUUCUCAGAUUUUUGGAAGUCCCAGCACAGUGACGCUUCCUGAAACCUUGCUGUUUGUGUCAACCCUGGAUGGAAGUUUGCACGCUGUCAGCAAGAGGACAGGCUCAAUCAAAUGGACUUUAAAAGAAGAUCCAGUUCUGCAGGUUCCAACGCACGUUGAAGAGCCUGCCUUCCUCCCGGAUCCCAACGAUGGCAGUCUGUAUACACUUGGGGGCAAGCACAGUGAAGGCCUAACGAAACUUCCCUUUACCAUCCCAGAGCUGGUACAGGCAUCGCCAUGCCGAAGUUCAGAUGGGAUUCUCUACAUGGGUAAAAAGCAGGACAUUUGGUAUGUCAUUGACCUUCUGACCGGGGAGAAACAGCAGACUUUGUCAUCGGCCUUUGCAGAUAGCCUCUGCCCUUCGACCUCUCUUCUGUACCUUGGGCGCACAGAAUACACCAUCACCAUGUACGACACCAAAACCCGAGAGCUCCGGUGGAACGCCACCUACUUCGACUACGCAGCCUCGCUGCCCGAGGACGACGUGGACUACAAGAUGUCCCAUUUUGUGUCCAAUGGCGAUGGGCUGGUGGUGACUGUGGACAGUGAGUCUGGCGACGUCCUGUGGAUCCAGAACUAUGCCUCCCCUGUGGUGGCCUUUUACGUCUGGCAGCGGGAGGGGCUGCGGAAGGUGAUGCACAUCAACGUCGCUGUGGAGACCCUACGCUACCUGACCUUCAUGUCCGGGGAGGUGGGGCGCAUCACCAAGUGGAAGUACCCCUUCCCCAAGGAGACGGAGGCCAAGAGCAAGCUGACGCCCACCCUGUACGUUGGGAAAUACUCUACUAGCCUCUACGCCUCCCCCUCAAUGGUCCACGAGGGGGUUGCUGUUGUGCCCCGAGGCAGCACCCUUCCUUUGCUGGAAGGCCCCCAGACUGACGGUGUCACCAUUGGGGACAAAGGGGAGUGUGUGAUCACACCCAGCACGGACCUGAAGCUUAACCCUGGGCUCAAAGGGAAGAACAAGCUCAACUACUUGAGGAACUACUGGCUUCUGAUCGGACACCAUGAAACACCGCUGUCUGCGUCUACCAAGAUGCUGGAGAGAUUCCCCAACAAUCUGCCCAAACACCGGGAAAAUGUGAUUCCUGCCGACUCUGAGAAAAAGAGCUUUGAGGACGUUAUCCACCUGGUUGACCAGACUUCAGGGAAUGCGCCCAGCACCGUUUCUCAGGGUGUGGAGGAGAAGUUCGCUCACGCCCCCGCCAAGCCCGAGGCCCCCGUGGACUCCGUGCUCAAGGACAUCGCCACCAUUGUCCUGAGCACCUUCCUGCUCAUCGGCUGGGUGGCCUUCAUCAUCACCUACCCCCUGAGCAUGCAUCAGCAGCAGCAGCUCCAGCACCGGCAGUUCCAGAAGGAACUGGAGAAAAUCCAGCUCCUGCAACAGCAGCUGCCCUCCCACACACCCAGGGACAUGGCUCAGGACGCCGAGCUCCUGGACUCGUCCAGCCUGUACUCGGAGAGCUCGGGCACCAGCAGCCCCAGCACGUCCCCCCGAGCCUCCAACCACUCGCUGCACUCCAGCAGCUCUGCCUCCAGGGCCGGCACCAGCCCCUGCCUGGAGCAGGACGACGAGGAUGAGGAAACCAGCAUGGUGAUGGUUGGGAAAAUUUCCUUCUGUCCCAAGGACGUCCUGGGCCACGGAGCGGAGGGCACAAUUGUGUACCGGGGCAUGUUCGACAGCCGGGACGUGGCGGUCAAGAGGAUCCUCCCCGAGUGCUUCAGUUUCGCCGACCGCGAGGUCCAGCUGCUGCGAGAGUCCGACGAGCACCCGAACGUGAUCCGUUACUUCUGCACAGAGAAGGACCGGCAGUUCCAGUACAUCGCCAUCGAGCUGUGCGCGGCCACGCUGCAGGAGUACGUGGAGCAGAAGGACUUUGCCCACCUUGGCCUGGAGCCUAUCACCUUGCUGCAGCAGACCACCUCCGGCCUGGCCCACCUGCACUCCCUCAACAUCGUUCACAGAGACCUGAAGCCCCACAACAUCCUCCUCUCCAUGCCCAAUGCGCAUGGCAGGAUCAAGGCUAUGAUCUCCGACUUCGGCCUCUGCAAGAAGCUGGCAGUGGGCAGGCACAGCUUCAGCCGCUGCUCGGGGGUGCCCGGCACCGAAGGCUGGAUCGCCCCGGAGAUGCUGAGUGAGGACUGCAAGGAGAACCCUACCUACACGGUGGACAUCUUCUCUGCGGGCUGCGUGUUCUACUACGUGGUUUCUGAGGGCAGCCACCCUUUCGGCAAGUCCCUGCAGCGACAGGCCAACAUCCUCCUGGGCGCCUACAGCCUCGACUGCUUACAGCCCGAGAAGCACGAAGACGUCAUCGCCCGGGAGCUGAUAGAGAAGAUGAUCUCCAUGGACCCUCAGAAGCGCCCGUCGGCGAGGCACGUGCUGAAGCACCCGUUCUUCUGGAGCCUCGAGAAGCAGCUCCAGUUCUUCCAGGACGUGAGUGACCGGAUAGAAAAGGAGUCCCUGGACGGCCCAAUCGUGAAGCAGCUGGAGAGAGGCGGGCGAGCCGUGGUGAAGAUGGACUGGAGGGAGAACAUCACCGUCCCCCUCCAGACAGAUCUGCGUAAAUUCAGAACCUACAAGGGUGGCUCCGUCAGAGACCUCCUCCGAGCCAUGAGAAAUAAGAAGCACCACUACCGGGAGCUCCCCGUGGAGGUGCGGGAGACCCUGGGCUCCCUCCCCGACGACUUCGUGCGCUACUUCACGUCCCGCUUCCCCCACCUCCUCUCACACACCUACCGGGCCAUGGAGCUGUGCAGCCACGAGAGGCUCUUCCAGCCCUACUACUUCCACCCGCCCCCCGAGCCGCAGGCCCCCGAGACUGCAGACGCCCCUGAGCCAGGCCGGACUCCGUCUUGUGGCCCCAGCUGUGACUGAGCGCCCCCUGUCUGCAAUCCAGGGCCAGAGGCCACACUUAGCAAGAAGACCAGCUCCCAAACCAGUGCCUUGAGCUGCCUGCUCUGCAGCUGGCAGAGGAGGGUCUGACCCCUAGAUGGGGAGAGGUGACCCCUCCUGACCUGCAGGAAGCUGGGAAGACAGGGAUGAAAGUUUCACCACCAGGGAACAGCUGCGGGAAGGGCCGUCCCCAGGCAGCAGCAGGGCACCUCCACCUCCUCCUGGAUAGACUGGCUUCAGACAUGUUUCUUUUUAAACUUCCUGUUCGAUGUCAGCCUGCAGGCCUUGAAGGAAGCGGGAGGAAGAAAUCCUAAGCCCUGCCUGUGUGUGGGGCCCGGAGCAGCUCUCCCCGCCAGCAGGCUGAGGGGCACCGACGGAGGGACGGAGGUCACUGGUCACCGAGCACAGUGCGCCCAAGUGUCCCAGGUCACUGGACCCAGUGCUUCCUCGGGGCAGUGGGGUGUGGUGUUGGGACAGGUCAGCGCACGCCGGAAGGGAGGCCAUGGCCGCAGGUGUGGGAAACGGAGAAGAUGCUCGGUUCCAAGGCAGCUGCGGCCCCAUGUGCUGGUGGCCUCCAUGGUGGCUUUUGGUGGCUUUGUGGCCUGGACCAUUUAGGGAUGCUUAGGAGCAUUUGGGGGCAAGAAGUGAUACUUCCCUGGCCAUCAAGGACCCAGGCAGGGACAGGCCUUCGGAACCGGAGGGUCAAGGGCCUACCUGGCCACUGUGGCCAUCCCGGGAGAGCCCUGGGCCAGAGGGCAGGCGAUGAGGCCUCUAUCCCUGGAGCCAGCAGGAUGGCCAGGGGCUUGGUGGCCAAGGCCAGGCUCCCCACGUACCUCGUGGGCAGGAUUUUUUGUUUCUCUUGGCAGAUUUUAUUAACUUUAUAGUUUGAUCACACUGUAGAAUGCUACAUUAGCACAAGUGAGCUAAGCGUCACGUGAAGCUUGCUCAUGAAGAAGAAAUGCAAUACAUCUAUUCUGUGUGGUACCCCCCUCCCCCCUCGCCCCCCCCCGCCAGGAGGAGUGUUCGUAUUCAGAACAUUCUCCAGCGCUGGUGAAGAGCAAGCAUUACAGCGUCACUAUACACAUCAUCCUCAAAGUAAUAUUCCCUAAAUCGCCGUGUCCUUUCUCCCCCUAAAUUUAAUGUAAUUUUUAAUUUUCGUUUUAAUCAAUUCCUGUCUUUUCUCUACCGAGAGCCUUAGUGGUUACAUGCAGUGAGGGUACCACGUGAGGAAGUGUUUCCUGUGUACGUUCUCCAGCCAGGGGAGCGGCUCAUGCGGGUCCGCCCCGGUGAACUCGGAGACUCCGCUGGGAGUGCGAGUGUCACCGUGGAGUUCACUGCCUGACGGGAAAUCACUGUUUCUUACUGUGCGAUGUCUUCGUGGUGUUCGUGUGUGAAGGCCACGCAGCACAGGCUCUGGUUCUGCCUUUGUAGACGUCCGUUCCCUUUCAUGAUGCCUGAGAUCACUCGUUCUCUUAAACAGGACCCACCUCUGUGAAGCUCACCAGUUACCUCAUUCAGACCUGCACAGCCAGACGGGUUCUUCUCCCCGCUCUCAUUGGCCUGUGCCAGCUCCGUUCCGCGGGUCACUGUGCCACCAGCCCGAGGGACAGGCGGACCUCGCCCCCCGAGUGACGUCCCGGGCUGCCGGCUCUCUGCUGCCGGGUGCGGCUGUGCCGCACUGCUGAGCGUUCUCUUUGCGGAGUAGCCAGGUCGUUUCUAGCCGCCCGAUACUUGUCAUCUCUCUGUUUUGGCUCAACGUGCCUGCAGGACAACUUCUUUUUAAAAUGCCUUUUCUGCUGAUCAUAUUUCUAACCACCCACUGAGACUCAUUGAUUCACCGCAUGCUGGGACACUGGCGCUGGGGACAGAGAGAGGGACAAGAUAGAACCUGUGCUCUCAUAGGAGCCUGUGGUGAGAGACAACCAGUUAACAUCAGUGCAUGAAGGAGCCCAGGGUUGGGGAAGGGCGUGAUUUGGGGUUUGCACCUUUUCAGUCUUAAAGCGCCCGUGUCCUGGGACCCCUUGGAACUGGUCACAUUGCUCUCUGUCCAUCUUAUCCUCAUCGCCUUCGGGAUCCAGGCCUUCAGAGGCUUGCAGAGGUCUUGCGUGGACACUUGCCAUGGAAACACCCUGUGGUAGAUCCCGUCUCAGCCUCUAGCAUUCAGGUUUCCUGCUGAGCUCUGGGACGUGGAGUACGAGUCCUAGAAGGCUGUUGAACUUUUUAGAAGUAUUCGGUUUUAUUUUUACGACACUUUUCUCUGAUUGCUUCUCGAGCUUUCUAACUCAUUUUAUAAAAGACUCCGCGUGUCACUAGGCAUCGGAGCAUUUGCACUUUCGGGACUCACUGGUGUUACCUGAUAAGUCACUGAGCCAUCUGGGCGCCGAAGUACAAAAUCCUGUCUCAGUGCGAUAGUCAUCGUAGGCUCUGUGCGGCGAGACGUCACUCCGGCCCGCUGCAUGUGUUGUACUGGAAGAGCUCCAGGCCAGUGGGUCCAGCAAAGUAUUUUCUUCCCAUCAAGAACGGUCCUUAUCAGCAUUUACCCUGGUCCUCCCGCCAAGGCUUUGUGUGGACGUGACUCGUGUAUCUGUGUGAUUCCCUCUCAUUGCUGCUCUGACCUCACGCUGACGUGGGGGCCUUUGGACAGCAGUGCUUUCUCCUCUUGGCCGCUCUCGUUUCAGAAGUUGGACUCUGGCCAGCUUCCCAACACUUUGGGUUUCCCAAGACUGUUCCCCUUCUCCAUGUGCUCAUUGGCUGGUUCCUGCGGAAGAUGGGCUGGCUCCGCGUCCACAGCCCUCUCUGCAGGAAGAGCGAGCCCAGCACCCCAGAGAGCCCCCUUACAUUCUCGUUAGCUUUCCUUCGGUUUCCAAAAUCCCUUUCCUUCAUGCCUCCCGGCCUUGCUUUGCCCUGGCCGUUCCUGCGCCGUCCUGGAGUUGUUCAGAUGUGCCUGGCCUGGCAGCAGCCUUUCCAAGGAAGUCACUGCGUGUCCCAUCCAGAUAAGCCAGAUUUCCUCCUUCCAGGGUUGGACCGUUAUCUUUCAAACCAAAGCGUCUAUCCUCUUCUGUACUUCCUUUUGAAACAGUGAUUUCCCAUGCGUGACUCCGGUUCUGACUGUAGCAGCACUUAAAUCUCUCCUGUGCUCAUUGGAGAACCACAGAACCAUCCGCAGUGAGCCUCCCACCGGGGCAGCCUUAACCCACAACCGCGGCCAAGGUCCCACACCCGCCUCCCGAGCUCUGCGCUUGGUGGGUGCAGUAUUCCUUUUCAGUAUCCCAGAAGCUGUGACGGGGGUGUCCCCAUUACCCGGAAAGCAUUACCAGUCAACUCUGCCACGUUCUCAGAUGCAAACCUUACGUAGUGUUCUUUUUGCAAUGACCUAUUUAUUUAACCUAUUUAUAUUUAUUUAAUUUUUACUCUGAAGUAUACCCCAGCUACAAUUGCACUUGCUUAAAGCAUAGACGAUUUGUUUUGGACAACACCCCUGACCAUGUUAAAACUGGAAAAGGAAAAGUUAUACUGUAUCCUUCCACGGGAUGGAUGCCUUACAGUAGCUUUGUUAGUAAAGGGUGAAUAAUUUGGUCGUGGUAAAAAUGUUAAUUUUUAAGUGAUUUAAAAAUAAUUCUGUGCCAUCGUGUCUUCUCUGUGGAUGGUUAGUUGUUAAGUGUGUGUUAAUUAUGUGAAACAAUCCUCUUUGUGGAGCCUAAAAUCCUCCUUUUUAGCUUUAUAUUUUAUAAACUGCCAGAUUGUACAAUUUUUAUGUGUAUUUUUAAAGCUUGACAAUGUGAGGGUAAUUAUAUAAGUUAAAUGGCCUAUUUUUGUACCUCCUGUACAGUUUUAUAAUUCUGCUGAUUGAUGAUGGCGUCUUAUGUUGAGCCAACCACAAAUAAAGGUAGUUUUAGAUUUGGAA